AUGACGGUCGACAUUCUCCCCCUCGAGCUGAAUUUUGCUCGCCCUUUUACCGUCGAGGUCUCGCGAACUCUUACCAUACGAAACACAGGCACCUCGCCUCUGGCUUUCAAAGUACGCUUCCAGUGCGGCGCAUUGCGCCAUGACGUUGUGACAGAUGGUGACGAUAUUGACCCUGGACCUAGGUCAAAACCACCGCCCCCAAACAGUAUUGCGUUCGACCCAAUGCUGGCCGUAUCGAGCCCGGAAAUGCAUUCGAUGUUACAGCGGGCAGUGCAGCUGACACCACACAAACAAUCAGUGCUCCUCCAGGCCAUGAAACAGGACCCGCCCCUGGAUGCCAAAUGUCGCGAUAAGUUCCUCGUUCAGUGCGCGCCAAUCCCCUCCGACAAGGACUUCUCCAGCAUUGCAUCUGUCCUAGAGUCUGCAGACAAGGCCACACUCGUCGAACGCAAGAUUCGUGUCAACUGGCUUGCCGCCAACAGCGAGGAUGCUCACGGGCCUACUGCACCUGCUGUCUCGACUCCCCACAAGCCUUCAGCCGUGAAUGGGGCGACAGAGACUCCUGAUGCUCCUCGGACAUUCUCCUCACCCGGUGGCAACGCCAACUCAACACCCCUUUCCGCUCCACCCCCAUACGCCUCGGACGACCCUGCUGAAGAGACCGACGACAAGUCCGAGCGCCCCAAGUCUGCUGUAUCGCACGCCGCCACUUCUGUUUCCGAGGCGGCGCAAUUGUCGUAUGAGGAGCUAAAGAGCAAACUUGCCCAGGCAGAGGCACAGCUACUGAAUCUGAAGGACGGCGGUCUUCGCCAGCGAAACGUAAAGAGCGCAUCCAGCGAAGAGAAGAGGCCCGCCGGAAACACUGCACAGGUGGUUAAGCAGCAACAACCCGACGGCGUUCCCGUGCAGAUUGUUGCCCUGCUGUGUCUGCUGAGUUUCCUCCUGGCCUACUUUUUCUUCUAG